CUCGAGAACAGUUUGCGCGCGUACAUUGACGCGUUACCAUCUAUAUUUAUAUUUUUUUAUCUGUCUCUUUCUCUCUUCUUAUUUCUAUCCAUUAAUCUUUGUCAUUAACUUUAUCUCUCACGCGUUUUCUCUCUCUCCCUCUCCCUCUCCCUCUCUCACACACUCUUCGUCCAUUCACGUCUCUUUUGAUAAUCGUUCAAAAAUGUUGAUCGUAUCGUCUUACCGUCAAGGUACCCGUCGCUCCUUGCCGGGUCAUCGUGAGACUUGAAAAUUUCUCUUUUUCCUUCGAGAAAAACAAUUUGGACGGAGGAUCGCUCGAUCUCGAAAUUAUCCAGAGAGAAAUUCGAUAUGAGACUAUACUAAUAUUCGAAUCGUUAGCUUUCUCGCGAAACGAAAUAUUUUUCAAGAGAAUAAAAAUGAAAAAAACUUAGUAAACGUGUUAUGCUCGCUGACUUUCUGCGGAUAAGUAUAAGACGAUAAAACAUAAUAGAAAGGUGACAUUUUUCAUUCGCAAAUGAGUAUUUUUGUAAUCGUUGACUAGAAAGCAAGAAGAUGCAGGUGCCUAGCGGAAGAGACCGAACGGACAUGGACAAAUAAAGAAAAAAUGGAUGGCCUCGAUACAAGAGGUAACAGCAAGGAUCUCUGCGACAAACAGUACUUACAUUUUACGGCACCGCACGGAGAAUUGUGGUGCAAUCCUGUCUGGGAUUUGUUGCUUUGUUGGCCACCUACGAAAGCUCUCGACACGGCCAGGGAAAGAUGCCCAUUCGUAGACGGGUUCGAUACGACGAAAUUCGUGGAGAAGAAAUGUGGCUACAACGGACGAUGGGAAGGACAAAAUGGAAGUUUCAGCGGCGGGGAGUCGGAUCACGGAUGGGCAAAUUACACGACCUGCAUGACACCGGAAAUGCUUCGCAUUCACGAAAAAGUUUAUACAAAUACGCAAGAAGGAGAGAUGAAAAUGGACAUAGCCGAAAAAACGCGCACCCUCGAAUUCGUCGGAUUGAGCAUAUCGUUGGUGGCUUUGCUCGCUUCUUUGGCUAUUUUUUGUCGAUUCAGGUCUUUGAGGAACACCAGAACGAGGAUACACAAGAACCUGUUCGUUGCCAUGGUUGUCCAAGUUUUAAUAAGAUUGACUUUGUAUAUAGACAUCGAACUUUUAAGGAGAAAAGUACACAGCCCGCAACGUGGUAUAGGAAAUACCCCGUUUCUCUGCGAGGCUAGUUACGUUUUCUUGGAAUACGCAAAGACCGCCAUGUUCAUGUGGAUGUUCAUCGAGGGUCUCUUUCUUCACAACAUGGUCACCGUGACCGUCUUUCAAGAGACUUCUUAUUACCGUAUGUAUCGGUUCGUGGGUUGGGGAUGUCCCGUCGUGAUAACGUUGAUCUGGGCCAUUGUCACGGCAUUUUACUAUCAUCCGAAAUCCAAAUUUUCGAGAUGUUGGUCGGGAUACAAUUUGUCUUCCUACUUUUGGAUUCUCGAAGGUCCGAGAUUCGGUGUCAUACUGCUGAAUUUUUUGUUCCUGCUCAACAUCAUACGCGUGUUGGUGGUGAAGCUACGGCAAAGUCAUACCAGCGAGAUUGAAAAAGUUCUAAAAGCUGUAAGAGCAGCCGUCGUUUUAUUGCCCUUGUUGGGUAUCACCAACGUCUUAUUCAUGAUCGAAGCACCGCUGGACAACGUAAAGAAAUUUGCGUUGUGGUCGUACUCGACGCACUUUCUUACGUCUUUCCAGGGCCUCUUCAUCGCGACUCUCUAUUGCUUUCUCAAUGGCGAGGUGAGACUAGCUCUAGACAAGACUAUCACCGUCUAUCUUUCCCUAAGAGGAACGGAUCUUCAAGCUAGAAGACAGUCGACUUACAGCGGUUGUCAGCCUUAUCGAAUAACCUCGGAACGGCGUUCCGAUUAUGGCAGUUCUUGCGAAUCUUCGACAUCGAAAAAUAAAUCUCGUGCUAAAACAUCCCCUAGAGCUAUCGAACAUCCAGCGAUGCCUUUGAACUCGACGACGACCACUGCAACGACGACGACCACAGCAACAACGACGACCACAAGCACGAGCACGAGCACGACCACGACCACGGAUAACGAGCAACCAUCGAGCAAACCAGAUUACACGAUCACCGUUGAAACGCCUAUCGUUCAAUCUAGAUGCAUCGAGUAUGGUGUAAUAAGAUUCGAGGCUAACUCGAUAAAAUUGAAAUGAAUCCCUUGGAAAUACAAUAUUUCUAUAUUGUUUGGCACAAAUUGAGCAAGUUUCUCGUUCGCGAUCUCCAAAUAAAAAUCCGAAAGAACGCAAUGAGUGAUCGUGAUCGAUUAAGAAACAAAACUAUAUAGAAAAUUCGUGAAAAUAUGUAGAUCGAAUAUAGACGGACGAGUGGAUAUCGAAUAAUUGCACGUGUGUACACAUACCUAUAUUAUAAUAUAUAUAUUUAAUAUUAAUAAUAUAAAUAUAAAUACGUUCGAUGCAACGGCCUGCGAGAGAUUCAUUAUUUGUUAACGAGUCCGCAUACGAUCGUUAUCAAGGAAUUACAGCGAAUUUUUUGUUCUUCUAGGUGUGUGUAUAUGUCAUAUAACUUAUAUGUGCACCCGCGUAGAUAUGAGAAAUAGUAUUGUCGAAUGUAUGAACUAUCCAAUGAAAGAUGAUUUGGCAUUUUAUAAAUAUUUCAAAUGAGGAUAUCAGUAUGCUUGAUAAAGAAGAUAAGAAGAAAUAUCGAUUAAAUAUUAAAUGUUAUUAGUAAGCUUUUUCGCGAGAGCCACGUAUUUAGAAGAGACGCACACCGAUGCUAAACGCUUCGAAAGAAUAUCUUGCCGAUUCGAUUCGCAGCACGUCAAUUUCGAUGAUAACUAAACUAACCAUCUUGGCUUAUGCUCGUUAAAAUAUGACAUUAACCAGUGAAAUUAAAAUAUACAAAAUUUGGAUUAAUUUCGAUAAUUGCUGAGACCGGAUAGAAAGAGCGUCCAUUGCGUAUCUAUAAUUAUCAUUGUUCAAUCUGCAAGCUAUGAAAAAGUUGCCUGGCAAAAGUGUCCUUAUAUUGUUUAGAAAAAUCAAUGUGACAAUUAGUUGUGAGAGAAUCAUUUAUAAGCCCAUGAAAAAUUGAUUGUUUUGCAUUGUACAUACGAAUCUACUCGGUUAAAAAAUGAUGCGUCCGUCGUAUAAUCGUCUUUUUUGUCUCCUCUCUCUCUCUCUCUCUUUCUUUCUUUGACGCAGUUUGUACCUGCUUAAACAUUUACGAAUCGCGUGCAUGCGAUUAGAGAUUUUCAUCGAAAUUGUAAGUGCUCGCGCGUUUGAGUCAUUAUUAAGAAAUGGUCAAUAUCAUUUGUUUCUCGAGUCUUUGUAGAAUCGAUACUCGUCGAUUGUUAAUAAAAUUCUGAAAAAGCCGUGCACGCGUAAAAAGCUUGGCUCUUGGUACAUUUGUCAUUCGAAAAUAUGAAUAAAAGAAUCGAAAGAAAUAUAACGAGAGGUGAGAUUGAUACGCAUUCGAAAAUACAUGUAUUUAAAUAUAUACAUAUUUUCA